AAAAGACAUAAAGGCGCUCCAGGGCCCUGAGAGUAACACAGAAAUUUACGAAUUCGCCAUGGCUGCUGAAAAGAAGGAAAUGAAGCGACAAGACAAUACAACUCCAACAAUUUCUGUCAGCGCAAACGUUGGCAAAGACACAUCACGUAUGUCGUCCAUGCCUAAGGAAGAUGCGAAGGACUCUGCGUUGGACGCAGUAUUCGAAGAAAACGACAAAAAGGCACCUGUGAAAAAAGAGGAGGCUACAAGAGGGGCUUCUACUCCAGCAGCCGUGCCAGAAAAUCUCAACAAGGCGACAACAAACAUGGGCCACGAGAGUGCCAACAAACGUUGUUUCAGAGAGAUGCUUCACAUGGGGUAUAAACACAGCGCUGCUGAUUAUCUUUUGACGGGGGGAACUGGUUAUGUUCCUGACGAUGGGAUGACGGGCCAGGCUCUUUUUGCAAAUGGAGAAGGCCUCACAUACAAUGAUUUCCUCAUUCUUCCUGGAUUCAUUGACUUCGACCCAGAAGAAGUGGAUUUGACAUCUGCAUUAACAAAAAAGAUCAUAAUAAGAGCUCCAUUGGUCUCUUCUCCUAUGGACACAGUCACUGAAUCCGCAAUGGCCAUUGCACUGGCGUUGUGUGGAGGUAUUGGAAUCAUCCACCACAAUUGUACUCCAGAGUUUCAAGCUAAUGAAGUUAGAAGGGUCAAGAAAUAUGAACAAGGCUUCAUUUUGGAUCCGGUUGUUAUGUCACCAACUCAGACAGUGAACAACAUUAUUGCCGAGAAGAAGGUUCAUGGCUUCUCCGGGUUCCCGGUGACGGACAAUGGCAAACUUGGCGGUACAUUAGUCGGACUUGUUACCCGUAGGGACAUAGAUUUCCUCUCGCGGGGCAACUACAACACGCCCAUCAGUGAGGUAAUGACUAAGCUGGAGGACCUGGUAGUUGCGCCUGCUGGAGUCAGUCUACAGAGUGCUAAUCAGAUAUUACAGAAGAGUAAGAAAGGCAAGUUGCUAACAGUGAACGAGGACGGCGGACUUGUGGGAAUUCUGUCACGGACUGACUUGAAGAAGAAUAAAAAGUUCACGUGGGCUUCUAAGGACAAUAUGAAGCAGCUGUUGGUGGGGGCAGCCAUCGGAACAAGUGAGGCUGACAAGCACCGUUUGGAUUUAUUAGUGUCUGCUGGCGUGGACGUCGUAACACUGGAUUCGCUCCAAGGUAACUCCAUCUACCAGAUCAACAUGAUCCGCUACAUCAAGGAUAAGUACCCCGACCUUCAGAUCAUUGGUGGCAAUGUUGCAACAGCAGCACAGGCCAAGAAUCUUAUUGACAGCGGAGUGGACGCUUUGAGAGUUGGUAUUGGUUGUGGUUCCACAAGUAUAACGCAAGAAGUGUUGGCCGUUGGUCGUCCGCAGGGUACCGCGGUGUACAAGGUGGCCGAGUAUGCAAGAAGAGUUGGCGUCCCUGUCAUUGCGGAUGGUGGUAUCUCCAAUGUUGGCCAUAUCAACAAGGCUCUCUCUCUUGGCGCAUCAACAGUUAUGCUUGGCUCCAUGUUGGCCGGUACCACAGAGGCUCCCGGCGAGUACUUCUUUGCUGAGGGGGUGAGGUUGAAGAAGUAUCGCGGUAUGGGAUCCAUUGAUGCGAUGGAAGCACAAAGAAAUGCAUUAGGAUUGGACUCUGGUGAGAAGGUGCGUGUUGCCCAAGGUGUUUCGGGUGCUAUCGUAGACAAGGGGUCCAUGCAUCAGUACGCUCCUUACAUCAUCUCCGGUGUACAAUCUGGAUGUCAGGAUAUCGGCGCCAAAAGUCUAUCUGUCCUAAGGUCAAUGAUGUAUGCUGGAGAGUUAAAGUUUGAGAAGAGAACACAGUCUGCUCAGGCGGAGGGAGGAGUACACAGCCUGCACUCUUAUGAAAAGAGGCUGCAUUAGAUAAAUAGAACCAGGUGAUCUGUUCGCAACUGAGAUCGAAUAAUGGUGUUGACCCCAGACUGUCCCUGGCUGGAUACUCAAUGACAUUGGACUUUCACUAAUGUGGUAUCCAGCGACAAGCUUGAUUCCCGCGGAUUAUUGAUCAGUACACGGGGGUUAAGCAGACCCUAUGAUACCAUGAGCUUGAUCGGCGUUAUCAUGGCUGUAUCACGGGGCUAAUGUAUUAGCGAGCUUGGCGGUAUGUUCAGCUCAACGCGUAUCCUCAAAUGCUCGCGGUAUC